CAGGAAUGCAAAUGAAUAAGACCUACAAUAGAGAUUUACCAGGAACUCUUCCGUAGAAGAGGGAGGAUCAACUCAGGGGUUUUAAACAGUUCACGAGAUCACCGCAGUUUAUUUCACUCAGGAAACAGCGGCUGAAUCUGAAGCACCAGCGCCUGUUGAUCAACCAUGAGCAACCCUUACUACAGCACGAGUAACAACUCGAUUCAUAACUGCACCGAAGUGGAUGAUCUGGUGAAGCGCUAUUAUCUGCCUGCCAUGUACGGUGCGCUCUUCAUCGUAGGCGUUGUGGGCAACAUCACCGCUCUGCUGGUCUACGUGGUCAAAGUUCGUCCCUGGAAGAGCAGCACCAUCAUCAUGGUGAACCUCGUCAUCACCGACCUCGUCUUCAUGAUCUCCUUGCCCUUCCUGACCUACUACUACAGCCACAGCGACUCCUGGAUGCUGGGCAUCAUCAUGUGUCGCUUCACACGCUUCAUCUUCCACUUCAACCUCUACGGCAGCAUCCUUUUCCUCACCUGUCUGGCCAUCUUUCGCUAUGUGGCGAUCGUGCAUCCGUUGCAUGCACACAGCAUCAAGCAGAAGCGCUGGGGAACUCUGGCGUGCGUUCUGGUUUGGGCCGUGGCGGUUGCAGAAAUUAGUCCAAUUUUUAACCAAAUUGAAAUGAAGUCGCAGGACAACAAAACCUACUGCUUGGAUCUUGCGAGCAACAAGCCAGAAUUCAUGUGGCCGUAUAGUUGGGUGUUGACCGUGCUUGGAUAUCUGGUUCCUCUAGUCGUGGUCUGUCUUUGCUAUUGGCGCAUCAUGAAGGAGCUAAAGAAAGGUCCUCAUAAGGAAAGCAGCAAACGGGUUCGAGCGAGGCGACUCAUCGUGUUGAUUCUGACAUGUUUCAUUGUGUGCUUUUUCCCUUUUCAUGUGCUACGGGCUUUGAGGAUCUACACAAAAUUCACUCUGGAUACCGACUGCAUGCUGGACCGCUGGGUUCAUGCCGCAUAUAUCAUCUCGAGGCCGAUCGCUGUACUCAACAUCAUUUUCAACCUGCCGCUCUAUACAUUAUCAGGGGAUUGUUUUAAGCAGGCCUUCAUGGAAAUGUUCAAAUGUGAUCGGCUCAUGUCGAAAACUAAAGGAAUCAUUAAAGUGGCUGUGAUCAACAAACCUGUGUCCAAAAUCACGUAUGAUCAAAGCAGCUGAGACACACACUGGUGAUAGAAAUGUACAAUAAACUCUAAUAAAAAAAAAAGUCAAAGGCACUCUGAAACAGCUGACAUAUGAAGGGAUACUCCACCAUAAAAUGGCUCUCUGUCAUCAUUUACUCAAGUUGUUCCAGACCUGUAUGACUUGUUAAGAAGAUAUUGUGAAGAAGCAACAUUGGACCCUAUUGUUAUUGUUAACUAAUAUUUAAAAUUAAAACUGUAAAAAAACAAACAAACAAAACAACAACAACAAAACACCUUUUGUUCAUUAAAAUAAAGCUGAAAUGAAUAAAUAAAUAAUUAUUAGAUGAACAUUUUAAAAAGUUAAAAUAUUAAAAUGACUAAAAUAAAUAAAUACUUUAUAAAUAUUUUAAAUUAUACAAUGAAAGCUAAAUGGAAAUAUAAAAAAACAAAAGCAAAUAAAAAAAAUGACAAAAGCACUAAAUUAUGAAAGCUUAAAUUAAAACUAAAAAAAUAUUAAAUAUAAUCUAAAAUACUAUAAUAGCAUAUAAAAUAGCACUGCUAUCGACUUUCAUUAUAUGGAUCAUUUUUCAAAAUAUCUUCUUCCGUGUUAUUUAUAUAUAUAUAUAUAUAUAUAUAUAUAUAUAUAUAUAUAUUAAUAUAUCAUAUUACUUGCUGUUGCCAAUUAAUAAAAGCAAAAAAAAAAAAGAUGCAAAUGCAUAUGUUGCAAUGCUUUUUCCAUUAUUAACGCACCAGGCCUAGCCUAAAAGCUGUUUAACUGUUAUCACAUUACCUCAAUGUGCACAGCCUCAAGUGGCUUUAUGUACUGUAUAAUAUUGAAAAUGUUUCAUACUGUUGUGCUGAGGUCAUGGGUUUGAUUCCUGAGAAUGCAUGAAUUAAAUGUACAUAUUGAAUGCAAUGUAAGUUUCUUGGAAUAAAAGUGUCUGCCAAAUGAAUGAAAUAAAUGUGA